ACGCUGUGUGGUGUUUAUUUUAAAUUGCUAAAAACAUCUGCGGCGCUUGUUCAACUGCAGCGCUUAUUCAUGGGAAGGCGGUAAUUAGAACUACUACGGGUUUCGAAAGGCUCAAUUUUUAUUGCGUUUUUUACAGUAUUUGAGGGAGGCGAAUAUUGAAGUUUAUUUGUGAAGAUACAACUUGAUCAGGAUGGCAAAUAAAGUCAUACAACUUAGCUUUUAAAAUGAAAGCUGUUGCGUUCGCAAAUCAGAAAGGGAAAACAUGUUCAUGUUUCAUUAUUGAGAGCGGCGCAUAUUCGAGGUCGGCUUCUAUUACAAAUCUGAUAUCUGAGUGCGCCGCUUAUUCAAGGGCGGCGGUAAUUCAACGCAAUACGGACAUUGGAUCGCGCAGGAACAACUGGGGGGCAUUUUCGUGUGGGAAAUAAAAAUAUAUCUUUCUUCGACAAGUAUAGAGGCAACGUGAAAAGAUUAACACGAGCAAUGCAUUCAUCCAGCUUGAGAGACUGCAAAGCUUGGGAGUCUGAGGGCCUACUUCUCUCCACUUCCAGCAAUGAAGCCUGUAAAAUGUAUGAUGCUGCCCUGACCCAGUAUGUGAGCUGGUGCAACGACAAGAGUCUUGGAGGAUUGGAAGGAUGCAUUUCCAAGAUGCAAGCAGCAGACCCAAGCUUUGUAAUGGGCCAUGUCAUUGCCAAUGGCCUGGAACUAAUAGGAACUGGGCGCUCAGUGUUACUGGAUAAAGGGCUAGCCAGUGCGGUCCAGAAAACAGUGGAGCUUUCGAAGACACAGGCAGUCACAGAGAGGGAGCAGCUUCAUGCAUUGGCUGUGGAAAUGUUUGCUAAAGGGUGUUUCCCCAAAGCCUGUAACUUGUGGGAGACGAUCCUUCAGGACUACCCAACUGAUAUGCUGGCCCUCAAGUUUGCGCAUGACUCCUAUUUCUACAUGGGGUACCAGCCACAGAUGAGGGAUUGUGUUGCCCGUGUCCUACCUCACUGGAAACCACAUAUGCCACUGUAUGGAUACCUGAAAGGCAUGUACGCUUUUGGAUUGGUGGAGACAAAUUUAUAUGAUCGGGCAGAAAAAAUGGCAGAAGAGGGUCUGUCUCUGAACCCCGGCGAUGCCUGGUCUGUGCAUUCCAUCGCACACGUCCAUGAGAUGAGGGCUGAGGUGGAGAGGGGUUUGAAGUUCAUGGAGCAAACUGAAAACAACUGGAAGGGCUGUGAUAUGCUUGCUUGCCACAACUAUUGGCACUGGGCACUAUAUCAUAUUGAAAAGGGUGAAUAUGAAGCUGCCUUGACAAUAUUUGAUAACCAAAUUUCUCAGAGUUUGCACUCCUCAGGAGCCAUGCUGGAUAUGGUGGAUGCUUGUUCAAUGCUCUACCGACUCCAAAUGGAGGGUGUGAACGUUGGCGACAGAUGGAAGGAGGUCGUUAAGGUCACCAAGCCGCAUGCCGAGGACCACGUUCUGGUUUUCAACGAUCUUCACUUCCUGAUGUCAUCACUGGGAGCCAAGGAGGAGGAAACUACCCGUCGGGUGAUGGUGUCUCUACAGGAGCAUGUGAAGGCUCCAGGAGAAAACUACCAGCAUGCAUUAGGCCAGGACCUGGGUCUCCCCAUGUGUGAGGCUCUGGUGGAGUUUGACAAUGGAAACUACAGCAGAACUGUAGAACUGCUCCACCCCAUCCGGUACCAGAUGAAGGGGAUUGGAGGAAGUGAUGCACAGAGGGAUAUCUUCAGUCAGCUGUUAAUUCAUGCAGCUCUAAAAUCGGAGGAUAAAUCUCACCAGAAAAUAGCCAGAGGCCUGUUAGUGGAACGAGAUGCUUUCAGACCAAACUCUCCUCUGACAGAUCGACUCAUUCGAAGGGCCACAGCGAUGCAUGGGUUGGGUUAGAUCUAAACACACAUAGCUGUGAGACUCAGCUGAGUGGAAGCCAUAUUUCUUUUUUUCACUGUGUAUAAAGUCCUGCAAAUUCAAUUUCUGCAAAAAUGAGAAAAAAUGACCUUAUAUUGCAGCAAAUCUUCAUGAGAAGGUAUGCUAAUUAUCUGUCUGUGAUCACACUUAUUUCUAGUGAUCAAAUUAUUCUCUUCGAUGUUAUAUACAAAGAAUAACAUUUUAACCUAAUCUAUUUAGGUGUCAUGUUAAGCCUGGGUAUGAAGCAGUGUAUAGAAUCCAUUAUUCACAAUUCUAGUUGUUUCUGAGUCUGUGUACUUGAAAUAGAUAAAUAAUACAUUAUAUACACAAAGUCAGUGUCGGUGAAGAGGGUCACACACAGAACCUGUAAAGUAGAUAGAUUCCUGAAGGUUUAAAUCGAAAGGAACUGUAGAUUGUUACAUCAUAUAAUGGCUAUAUAAUGAAUGACAUCACAAAGACAUUAGAUUUAAAAGCCUAUAAAUACCUCCAGUGUUUGUUUUCAAACACACUUCCCCUUGACAAAGGCAUGUUAAAUAGACCGAAAUGUUGGGAAGUCGGCUCUGUGAAGAUUGUGAAUUACUUUUUGUUCCUCUGCAAAUGGAAAAAAGGACAACAACAUAUGCAAAAUGGUGUAGACUAUAAUACCAAUAAUACACUACUAAAAUCUGAAAUAUCAAAUAUCCACUAUACACUCUCAGUGGAAAAUCUUUUUCAGCAUUGCACUUUAACAUUUUACAUUGUGCAUGCUACCAUAUAAAUAACUAAUUAGCAGACUGCCAUCACUCCACUAUGCAUUCAUUUCAUUAAUCCGCAGUGAUCCUCCAUUCCUGCUUCAGGCUUUCAGCCAUCAGUAGUUUUCCUCAUAAAAUAGAACUAAUUUUAUCUUCUAUUUGGGAUAUUAGUAUUUGUGACAGAAAGAUUCCUGCAAUCUGGAAAAAUAAAGGAUUGAACUUAAUGAAAAAGACAGGCCCUUAAACAGCAUGCUCUUUAUAACUCCUACAUAGCCCUAUUAACUGCCAUUGCUUUAGUAAGUACAUUGUCACCGGUACCAAAUUGUGUUUAACUGUAAGAAAAGUGUGCCCAUCAGGUAUUGUUGUAAGAAUUACUGAUUACAUUCAACAAGGCUUGGCAUCUACGUUCCACAUACGCAAGAGUCAAUUGGGAAACAUUUAUUUGCUUGUCUUGCUCCAGUUGGCGAGGAAAAAUCACUGCAUUAAGGCAUCCAUGCCCUUCAUAAGCAUUUAGUGUAUUUGGAGCAUUUAAAGGAACGCCCGGUAACUGGUUUUAAUGCAUUACUCUUCUCAUGAAAUGCAUGAUUUUAAUUUUGUAUGAAAUGUCUUUGUUGUAUGAAUAAAUUAAUGUGAAUUGUUUCCUGUAUUAUAUGCAUGUAUUAACAUUGUCAUCUAAAGAAAGAUCAUUAUUCUACAUUGUCAUUAAAUACCUUGAAUACCGGUAGAUCAACACCAGUCAUUAUGUAAUGCAGAGCACUGUACCUGUGGAAGGACAAGGCCGAGAGCCAGCACUCCCACCAGCAGAAGGUGUGAUUCGAUCCAGCCGGCUGUCUUGUCAGCACAUCCCAGCGGGUAAAUUGACUUGGUGGCUUCUAGGUAGUUCAGGUUUUGCACUCCAAACCCACACAUUGUGUUAAUGACAACCUGCAGGGCAAUAAAACAUACUGAAGUUUACAUUCUGAUAAACUACAGUAGUAUCUUACAAUAUCAUUUGCAAGCGCUAGUACACUCAGGUACCUUGUUUAAAAAACAAAAUGCGAUUGAAUGACUCCAUGUGUACCUUUUAGUAAGAAUCUUAAUUAGGAAAACUGGUCCAGGAGUCAUUAGGAAGUAUAACAAAAAUAAUAAUUUAGAAUGCCCCCAGAAUCAGAACUGUUCCUAUUUUGUCACCACUGAAAAUAGAGAUU